GCUGAUUACUGAUGCUGUUCCCUCGGUGCACUCAUGGAAUCAAGUCCACCACCUGAAUCUGGCGCGGGCAAGACUGGAGGACCGUGUGCUAGCACUUGCAGAAAUUCCAUGCACCAAAAAAGAGCUCUUAGCAGAAUUUUGGCAGAGAGUGCAGCCAGUAAUGAAGGGAUAGAUGCACCUAGCACUGUAGAUUUUGAAGAGACAGAGGGCUUCUCUCUACAGGAUCCUGGACCAUUAGUGCUUCAUCGUGGGUCACAGUGCAACAUCCAAUGUCUGCAACGCUCAUCAGCUGUUCAGGUAAAGGCUGAAAUGGUUAGUGUGGGGACUCAGACUGAGCAACAAAUAUCAACUCCACUGCCCAGUUUUGUCCAAAGUGAGGAUGAAUCAUCCUCUGAUGUCAUGGACCAUUCAGAUCGGUCAUGGAUCCCAGACGAGGAGAUGAGUAGUGAGUCAUCUGAUGAGAAUUCAGAAGAGCCAAUACAGGAAUCUCUCAAUGACCCCAAUGUGGCUGAUAAGUUCAUUGUUUGCCUAAGCCAGGUUAUGUGUCUGUUCACCAUUUGCUCGGUCUGUUGUGGGGAAACCCAGGGACAAAUAGAGUACCAGGAAGGGACUUGCAUAAAAAUCAAGCAGCAUGUGGCUAUCAGCGUUACUGGCAGAAUCAAAAUAUGCUGCACCGAAACAUGCCCGCCUGCAAUCUUCAACUCAGCGGUGCCAUUCACUUUUCGGGCUGCAUGGCUACUCAGACCAUCAGAAUGCUGUUUGGGCUGCAGUGCAUCAGUGCAAGCACUUUUUUCCGCCAUCAGUGCCUCUACACAAUUCCUACCAUCGUGCAGGCCUGGCAGAAUGAGCAGAGAGGGAUCAUCAGAGAGUUGAAGGAGAUUGGGGGUGGACUGAUCCUCUCUGGUGACUGCAGAUCAGACUCCCCAAGACAUUGUGCCAAAUAUGGAACAUAUUCCUUCAUUGAAGACCGAAUAAACAAGGUUUUGGAUCUUCAACUUGUCCAGCGCUCAGAAGUCCCAAGCAGCACCUGGUGUGAGAUAGAGGGUCUGAAGCGCAGUGUGCGGUUCCUGAAGGACCAAGGCAUGCAGAUGUCAGCCCUAAUAACCGACCGAAAUCGCCAGGUUGCUAAGUGGGUCCGUGAGGAGUUGUGUCCAGAAGGAACAAGCCAUUUCUACAACAUCUGGCAUAUUGGGAAAAAGUCUACAAAAAGCACUGGAUACUGUGGCCAAGGAGAAGGAUUGCGAGGACCUGAAGCUAUUGAGACCAGCCAUCAUCAACCAUUUAUACUGGACUCCACCCCAAAUGGCAAUCCCGAUAAGAUGGAGGCCAAGUGGCAGAGCAUGCUUAACCAUGUUCAGGAUAUACAUGAACACAGCUACCCUUCAUUUCCACAAUGUGCACACCCACCUCUGGAAGGAGAGGGAAGAAACAAGCAUUGGCUGGAACCAGGAUCAACAGCUGCAAUAAAGUUGGAAAGUGUUGCUUCCAGAAAGGCCCUGCUGAAGGAUAUUCGACAGCUUUCACCGCAACACCAAACAUUUUCCUUGGAGGCAUUCCAUUCUUUAAUCCUGCACUUUGCGCCAAAGCACACCGGCUUCUCUUUUCUUGGAAUGUACAGCAGACUUCUCUUAGCAACAAACAGUGGUGAGGCACGCUAUGCAGUCCGUUACCCCCGGUUUCGGAAGGGUGGCUGGGUCGUUCGACCCAUAAAGGAGAAACCAUCAUAUGAAUAUGCAUUGGCCCUGAUGAUCUCACUGAGAGAGGGAUACAUAAGGUCACCACAGGCCCUCAAAGAAGACAGCGCCAUCCUGUCCUCAGCUGCACCUGCCCCUCUUUCCACGCAUCACAAGAUCGCCAAGGAUGAGGCAGUCGGCCACCAUCUUGAACGUCAUUCACGUUUUAAGUCCUAUACUGCCGGGGGACUUUCUUCCUGACCAGUGUUGGGUGUAACACGUAGUAACACCCAACGAGUAACAAAGUAACGCUUUACAGUAACAGAACUACUUUUUUUGGGUUAAAAAAUAGUGUAACGCGCUACUGCUGAAAAUUUGGUAACAAAACGUUACUUUUCCCGGGGACAGAUUUGACAGCGACGCUGCCUUCUCAGCUUGCGCGCUCACAAGCUCCACACGGGACGUGACAGAGGCUGGUAGUAGCACAGCAAUCAUGGGAAGCGAGAAGCAGCCAAAUCUUUUGAGAGCUUUUUAAGCUUUGUGGCUUUUUGCUGGACGGCGCUCUGAGCCAGGCAGACACAAAGCUGACAACCUCACAGAUGGAUGCGGUGGUGAUGGAAAGAAGAAAAAGUGGGAGGAGCCGCCUUCCAGGAGCCAAGCCGCCGUAUCCGCUCAGCUUCCUUGGCCGCGUGGUGAAGGUGGGACAUGGCCGUCUGUAAGCGGGGCGGUUCCUGGGUGUAGACAUCACCGCUCAAGAGGCCGCAAGUGGGGGCUGAAAGCUCUGCUGGGAGCGCUAUGCCUCUCAGGUCUGCAGCCUUUUUAAUGAUGUCCGGCAGGUCCAGGAAAAGAGCCCUGGUGGUGGAGGGUAGAGCCGCCUGUGGCAGAGGGGAAGACCGCUGAAGCAGUGUCCCUGGUGAGGGAAUCAUCAUUCGGGGGAGACGAGUCAUCAGACUCCUGCCCGUCCAAGGUGUCGAUGGUGACGUUCAUAAUGAAUCAGCCGUCACUCUGUGAGGAGAGAAUCCAGUCUGCAUUGUAGUUCAGACCAUUCACUGAUAAACCAGAGAUUGGCUUUAUGGUCAAAGAUAGUUUUUGUAUAAUUAACUUCAGUCUUUGCCAGAGACGCCUGUUUUUAAAAGUAACGAGUAAAGUUACUUUCCAUAGGGGGUAACUAAGUAAAGUAACGGAUUACUUUUUUAAGACGUAAUGAGCAAACACUACUUUUUAAAAGCAACUUCCCCAACACUCUUCCUGACACACUGAGCUUCUCUCUCCUGUCUCUGUGUGCAUUCAUGUCCCAGAAA